AUGUCGGCGCUUCUCUUCUGGAAUCCAGUUGCCAUAGAAGUCAUCGUGGAGUACAAGCAUUUUCCGGCACUUGCCACCCUCGAAUUCUUAACUAGCAGCUAUAAUUCUUCAAUGAUCUUUUCUGUAAAUGUUGCAGAUGCCAUGGGUCCAGGUUUGGGCGUUGAUGGAAACUCCAGAAACGUGGUGGCUAGUUGUGAACUUCUGCAGCCAUUAGUGGACCAAGUGGAUCCUUUACAAUGCGUCCUUGUGGGUGAAAGUGUUGGCAGUGACGAUGAUUUGCGUGACAAGCCGGCUUCAAGUCGUGGAUUUGGUCUCUUGCCGUACCUCAGGAAACAAAAGCUACACGAAGGUUGUACUCCUCAAAUAGACGACUUCUCUGUGGAAAAGUUGGUUUUCCAAUACUGGCGUCCUUCAUUGCUUAUCAUGCAACUCGUGAAGAGAUCCAUUCUUCAACAAAACGUGUUUAUUCGCUUACACAAUCCGUAUGCCUGA